AGAAACUGAAUAUACUAUUUUGGAUGUUGUCAUUUACCGUAAUAAUUUUAUGUGUUUUUGGAAAUCACCACAGUUUACAAUUUACAGAAUAUGCUCGAAUUCAAGCUGUCAUUUAUUUUACCUUUUUCCGACCAAUGUUUUCCUUGGCAGUAUGGUGGAUUAUAUGGGCGUGUCAAACUAAUCAUGGAGGAUUUGUUAACACCAUACUAUCGCUGCCUAUAUUUCGGUUGAUGAAUAAAUUCACUUACAGCAUAUUUCUGUUAAAUUCAACAAUUGUGGCACUUGUAACUUGUUCCACAAAGGCACCUGUUUAUGUAGAUUUAUUUUUAUUGGCAUAUCGAUUUCUGGGACUAUAUGCGCUGUCGUUUUUACUAUCUAUAAUUUGGAUACUCAUGUUCGAAAGUCCAAUGAUAAAUGUCGAAAAGAUUUUCUUCAAAAAAUAAAACUUAACAGUUUUAGAUGGACUAAAUCUAACUUACAACACUGGAUCACUGGAACUGGAACACUGUUUUACUGUCUCUAUUUUUAAUCUAUGUAAUUUAACGAAAUUUCACUAUUGUAAUAUUAGAAAAUGUGGAAAACUCAAAAUCAUGUACCAAAGACUUUUAUUAAAUCAUUG